CGCAUCUGCCCACUUCGGCAAAUGUUUUCGCCGCCGACAACCGGCACAUGGGCGGUUAUCCGAAGCUAGCCACCACCGUUGAAGCAAGGCUCCAAUUUACAACUUGCACCGCUGAAGAGACACCAUAUUAACCCGCAUCUCAUCUCCAGCUCCCUCAGCUCAGCUCAGCAAUAGCCUCAGCCUCAAGAUGGCCGUCGCUGGCCUUGUUGCAGUCGAGACGCUGCCCCGAUUCCUCCUCCCACGGCUCAGCUGGACUGCGCCGCUCUCCGCAUCUCAAUCUGCUGCAGCCCAACCAUUUGCCCCUCUACAAGCACGAACGAACCAAAGAGCAGUGCCCGCCUUCAACACCAAUUUCUCGGCCAGACGAUACAACGAUGGCCAGACACCGGCGCUGAGGCGAGGGUUUCACGCGACGAGUCGACGACCCCGGGAGCAUCAUUUCGACACGCUCAAGUUUGUCAAGCAGCUCAAGGAUGAGGGCUUUACCGAGGAACAAUCAGUCGCCAUGAUGAAGGUCCUCAACGACGUCAUCCAGGAGAGCAUCCAAAACCUGACCCGAACCAUGGUCCUCCGGGACGAUGCUGCCAGAACCACAUACACGCAAAAAGUCGACUUCGCCAAGCUCCGUUCCGAGCUCACUUCCGCAGACAGCACCGAGUCCAACACGACGCGCAGUGCGCACGAGCGCCUCACCAACGACAUCGCCAAGCUCAGCAGCCGGCUACGAGACGAGAUCGGCCGGACCCAGGCCAGCGUGCGGCUGGACCUUAACCUGGAAAAGGGCCGCAUCCGAGAAGAAGCUGUGGGCCAGGAGCUCAAGAUCAAGGAGACUGAGACUAAGAUUGAACAGGAGGUGGCGGCGCUGAGGGAGAAGCUGGAGCAGGUCAAGUUCCAGACGCUGCAGUGGCUGAUGGGUGUGUGUACUGGUUUUGCGGCGCUGCUGCUUGGUGCUUGGAGACUGCUCAUGUAAGGGACAUGAUGCGUCUUGGAGGUGGUGCUUAAGAUGGCGGGCAAUUGUGAAUAGUCGUGCAUUAUACAAUCAUGAUUCGAAUCCAAAGCGUUAUAAAUAGUUUCAAUUUUGGUUUUGCUCGCCAUGAUAUUAUACGACCUAUUUCAACAUGUUUCAAAC